AUGUCUACUAUCACUGCAUUUUCCAUCGAAGGGAUGAAGGGCCGACGGUCCAUCUACGCCCUCACCAACGAAUCCGUAAUUUCAGACGAACGCAUCGAAGAGAUUAUUUCUGAAGUCAUUAUGCACACACCCAGUCCAUUCAACUGCCAAAGUGCUCGGAUGUUGGUUCUUCUUAAAGAGCAGCAUGAGAAAUUGUGGGACCUUGCGCUGGAGAUUGCUACUGCGACUGUUCCUCCUGAACAACUGGAGACGUUGUAUAAGCCUCGGAUUGCUCUUUUCCGAGCAGGCUACGGAACGGUAUUGUUCUACGAGGACCCUGCUUCACUGAAGCGUCAUGGGGAGCUGCGGCCUAUGCUGAUUGACAAACUCCCUGAAUGGUCCAACCAUUCGAGUGGCAUGCAUCAGUUUGCUCUUUGGACACUAUUAGAAGCCGAGGGUCUGGGGUGCAACCUGCAGCAUUACAACCCAAUGAUUGACGCACGAGUCUCCGAGACAUGGAAUAUUUCUCUCGAGUGGAGUUUGAAGGCCCAGCUUGUGUUCGGCAAACCGGCGGGACCUCCCCGUGAAAAGACAUUCGAGCCACUCGCGAAGCGAGUAUUCAUUCACGGCAAAUAG